AUGUCAAAUAAAGAGACGUCAUGCCAGUCAAUGUCUCAGGAUGAUAUUCAGAGUAUGGAUAAUGUCCGUGAAACUAGCACUUCAACAAAGAGACUCCAAAUUGCCAAGCAGAGGAAAAAGCUCGGAAUCAUUUAUUUAUCUAACAUUCCAAAAUACAUGAAUGUCACAACUGUGCGGGAAAUUUUCUCAAAGUACGGUGAAGUUGGGAGAGUUUAUUUACAGUUGGGGUGCACUGCAGACGAUAAAAAAAAGGACGGAGAAAAACCGAAGAAAAAAAAGAAAGAGGCCUCAAGGUACUUUACUGAGGGCUGGGUUGAAUUUGAAAGGAAAAAAAUUGCGAAAUACGUAGCAGCAACUCUGAACAACACACAGAUAUCCACCAGAAAGAAGAGUAAAUUUUUUGACAUUAUCUGGAACAUAAAAUAUCUUCCCAGAUUCAAAUGGAUUCACUUGAGCGAACGUUUGGCCUACGAAAAAGCUGUUCAUAAGCAGAGGUUAACUGCCGAAAUAGCUCAAGCCAAGCGAGAGGUCAAUUUCUUCUCUUACAAUGUGGACAGAAGUAAAAAAUUGAAGACCAAGGAAAAGAAAGGAGAAAAGACGAAUUUUGUUAUGCCUGAAGUCAAGCAGAGGGAUACGGACAUGGAAAUCAGGAAGAGAAAGAAUGGGAAUACGGAUGAGAACCGCACACAGUUUCUCAUGUCCCUUUUCAGUUGAUUGCCUGUCUGCUAAAUUACAAAGAUCAGAAAAUUUGUAUCUGUGUAUUGUUUCUUAGAAAAAAUAUGGAGAAUGAACCUGCAUUCACCAAUUUAUCAAAGUCAUCAAUUCACGGCUUCAUAAUUUAAUACAAUUUAUUUAUUCAUACAGAUA